CACACACACAUAAACACUUACUCACACUCACACACACACACUGAAGUGCAGUCCAGACCAGUGAAGCACUUUAAGAAGUGUGUGUGUGUGUGUGUGUGUGUGUGAGAGAGAGAGAAUCGGUCAUAGCCUCAAGAUUUUCUGGAUGACUAUGAACUUCACCGCCAUCAAUGAAGGACCACGGUACGAGACAUCACUUGGGAACCCGCGUAGCUUGUCCACACCUUUUUCAAAGGUCAAUGACCUCUGAGGAAGGAUUGAUCCAGUUUCACUUGGACUUGUCAAUGAAACUUCACUUUCGUUUAUUGGAUGAGCGAUUUUCUCAAGUAAAGAGAUGGCCAAGGUGUACAGACUCUAUGUAGGAAUAAUUACAGCUCUAGCUUUGUGCAAAUGCUCUCUGGCAGAGUGGAAUGUCACCGUGGAGUCUGCCAACAGCACCGUGUCAGACUGUCAUCACCAUGGCGACAGAGACAAUUGCACAGCAAACACAGAUGAGCACUUCCACGGCCACUUCUCCAAAUGUCCCGAGGAGCUUACAUUCUACUGCGUCCACGGGGACUGUCGUUACAUCAAAGAACAGAAGACCCCUUCUUGCAGGUGUACGUAUGGUUAUGUUGGUUCCAGGUGUGAAUAUGUGGACCUGGACUGGCGUAUAGGAGAAAAGCGACAAAUCAUAAUUGUCGCCAUCAUCGCAGCGCUCAUUCUGCUCAUUCUUCUGAUUGUGUUCAUCUGCUUUUGUUCACAUCGCAGGCCCAGGUGCAAAUGUUGGCGGAGGAGAAGACGAAGGGAAGAACCAAGGAACGGGAAGGAGAAAGUCAGCAUGAUGGGCUCAAGCGCAGCACACACAACCUUAGACUCAACAGAACCACCACAAACUGACGCUGUUUGAGAAGUGCACGAGUGGGAGCAUGUGUACGACCAAGUCUGUGGACUGUUUUCACACCAGGGAUUUUGUCCUUCAAUGUGACAGCUGCUGCCUUUUGUCUCACGUGACAGCAGUGUGCUAUAGGAGUCCCUUCUCUGCUGGACCUAACUGAAGCCUGCUGGAAGGAUGGACACUUCUGGAUAAAGUUUGUAUCCUGCUGUCUUAGAUCAAGCAGAAGCACAGGCGUUUGCAGGGCAGCCUUGUCUGGAUGUUUGAUUAAGCGUCGGAAACAAAGACGAUGCCUUCCUGGAUUUACGAUAAACAAAGUCUGGAGACAUGUUUUCAGCUGGUUGGUCCUGCCAGGGGAGUUUUUUUCCCCUCCAAUGGCAUGGAGCCAUUGAGUUAGCAUUGCAUAGUGCUAAAUGAAUUGUUGCUAUGUUGGAAAAAGCUGUGGCAGCAGCUGGCAGCUGGUGAUAACAGUUGAUCAGGUUAUUAGAGAGCAUGUGAGACACACUGACACUGAAAAUGAGAGGAAUGGGACUGGGUAAUGAUACUAAACACCAUGCUUUCUUUGGGUAAGACUUAAAUAAAUCAUUUAGUGUGUAGUAAAAUGACAUCUAACAAGCGCCAGAAGCUAAAGAAUGCUGUUUAAGCUGCAUCUUUGUGUCAUAUUGUUUCUACGUUUACUGCUGGUUUUGCUCACAAAUGUACAAUAUUUUGAAAAUCCACAUCACAAAUCAAGAGUUAUCUUAAUGUAUUCCUCUUUCCAAAGCUAUGUAUUCAUGUAAUCUCACGCAGAAUAUUGUUACUCAUCAACAUUAGCAAUGCAAGAAGAGCCUUCUAUAUACUAAAUGGUGCAUUUCUGGACUCCAGAGUUCAGAGGAGUACAAGGAGAACUUGUGCAGGAGGCUUUUUUGAACUGUAAAUUUGGAGCCGAGCAUGCAGCGUCCGAGUUUAAGAGGCAGAACAGCCGAUCCUGUGUGUGAACUGAAGGCUCCAGUGAAGAAAGUGUUCCACUGUACAAGACAGUGAACUGCCAGCCUUUCACUGGGCUUUUAAUGUGUAUCUUUCUGAAGAUUAAAUUUAAAUGUAGAGUGAAGAGA